UCGUCUCCGUGUCCAAACUUCCUGAGAGCAGCUCCGGCCCUCCCUCCGCUUCCGACGGCCGUGCUACGCUGUCCCGGCUGGCCGAGCCACCGGGGAGGUCAGCCCCACGUGGGGCUGUUGCCCCCCAACUCUGAAGCCCCUGGGCAGGAUGGUGCUGUGGGUGGCGGCAUUGUCCAUGCAUGUCUGCCUCCUGACGGCCCUGCGCCCCAGUGACCCCAAUGUCUGCAGCUACUGGGAGAGCUUCACGGCAGCCGAGAAGGAGUCGUACACCAAACCCCACGUUGUGGCCUCCGGCGAGCCCUGCCCCACGGUGAUGGGGUCCCCAAUGCCCUGCCUGCAGCAGAGGAUCACGUACCGCACCGAGUACCGCCAGGCGGUCAAGACCAACUACCGAAGGCGCUACGAGUGCUGCCAGGGCUACUACGAGAGCCGCGACACCUGCGUCCCGCGUUGUAGCCAGGAGUGCGUCCACGGCCGGUGCGUGGCUCCCGAGCGGUGCCAGUGUGAACCCGGGUGGCGCGGCAGCGACUGCUCCAGCGAGUGUGACGCGCAGUCGUGGGGGCCGAGCUGCGAGCACCGCUGUGGGUGCCACCAUGGGGCAAGCUGCGACCCCCUCACUGGGUCCUGCUCGUGUCCCCCCGGUUUCUCGGACACCCUUUGCCACCAGCCGUGCCCGACGGGCACCUACGGCCUUGGCUGCCGCCUGCGCUGCCCCUGCCAUCACGGAGCACCCUGUGACAGUGCCUCGGGCGCCUGCCUCUGCCCUCCCGGCCUGGGGGGACCCCUCUGCGAGGUGCCCUGCGCCCCGGGGACGCCCUGCGAAAGCCCCUGUCCCUGCCACAACGGGGGCAUCUGCCACCCCCCCGGCUCCCACACCUGCGUCUGCCCCCCCGGAUGGAUGGGGGACAUCUGCUCCAUCCCGUGCCCCCCCGGGCGCUUCGGUUCAGGAUGUCAGGGAGAGUGUCGCUGCCAUAACGGGGGACACUGCGACCCCCGGGGGGGGCACUGCCUCUGCACCCCCGGAUUCACCGGAGAGCAGUGCCGGGAGCGCUGCCCGGUGGGGCGUUACGGACCGGAGUGUCGCGAGCGCUGCGACUGCGCCAACGGCGGUCGCUGUUUCCACGUGGACGGCGCGUGUCUGUGCGAGCCCGGGUUCCGCGGGGCGCGCUGCGAGGAGAGGGGCUGCGGGCCCGGGCGCUACGGGCUGCGCUGCCAGAGCCGCUGCCUCUGCCACCCCCGGCACAGCCAGAGUUGCCACCCGUUGCUCGGGGAGUGUGUUUGCCAUCCAGGCUGGACUGGGCUCUACUGCAACGAAAGUUGCCCCCCCGGCUCCUAUGGGGCUGGUUGCCUGCAGAGCUGCCUCUGUCUGCACGGGGGGGGCUGUGAUGGGACCACCGGCCGCUGCCACUGCCCCCCUGGCUACACGGACGAGCACUGCUCCUCCCUGUGUCCCCCCGACACCUUCGGCGCCAACUGCUCGGGGCGCUGCGCGUGCCAGCACGCCCUCGCCUGCUCCCCGCUCGACGGCUCCUGCCUCUGCAAGGAAGGCUGGCGCGGCGCCCGCUGCUCGCUGCCGUGUCCCGAUGGCACUUGGGGUCCUGGCUGCAACCGCAGCUGCGACUGCGCUCAAGGGGCGCCCUGUGACCCCCAAAGCGGGACCUGCCGGUGCCCCCCAGGCUGGCAGGGACCCCGCUGCCACCAGCCCUGCCCGAACGGGACGUUCGGGGCGAGCUGUGAGCAGCGCUGCGACUGCGCCCACGCCGACGGCUGCGAUGCCGAGACCGGGGAGUGUCACUGCCUGCCCGGCUGGACAGGGCCACUGUGCAAGCAGGGCUGCCCCCUCGGCUUCUGGGGCCGCGGUUGUCGCAUGCCCUGUACCUGCCGCAACGGUGGGUCCUGCUCACCCCACGAUGGCUCCUGCACCUGCGCCCCGGGCUUUCGGGGUCCCACGUGCCAGCGCCCUUGUCCCGCCGGCCGCUAUGGCAAACGCUGCGCCCUGAGCUGCAACUGCGCCAACGGGUCCUUCUGCCACCCCAGCAACGGCUCCUGUGUCUGUGCCCCGGGGUGGAAUGGACCUCGCUGCGCCCUGCCCUGUGCCCUGGGCUUCUGGGGGGCUUCUUGUGCCCAGCCCUGCUUGUGCCACCACGGUGGGACAUGCCACCCUGCCGAGGGGACCUGCCACUGCCCAGCGGGAUGGACCGGGAUGCGCUGCGAGGAAGCCUGUCCCCCCGGCACCUUUGGGCUCCAUUGUGACCAGCUCUGCCGCUGCCCCCAUAACGCCACUUGCCACCCAGCCAGCGGGACGUGUCCCUGUGCCCCGGGCAGGAUCGGACCCCACUGUGAGGCCGGGACCCCCGAGCAGCCCUACACCAUCGUACCGGCCCCCGCGGUCCCCUACAGCUCCCUGGGGCUGGUCAUCAGCCUGGUGGCCCUAGUGGCCUUGCUGGUGGCCGUGGUGGCCACUGCGCUGUGUUACCGUCACUGGCAGAAGGGGAAGGAAAGCCGGCACUUGGCCGUGGCCUACACGGCGGGACAGACGGAUACAUCCGACUACGUGGUGCCAGAUGUGCCACCGAGCCACCACGCGCACUACUACUCCAACCCCAGCUACCACACGCUGUCGCAAUGCUCGCUGCCGGCUCCCGGCGCCCCGGACAGAGCCAGUUCCCUCAAGGUGCCGGGCUCCCAGCUCUUCCCUGGCACGGAGAGACCCUACAGCCCUGAAGGCAAUGCCACGCUGCCCCCUGACUGGAAGCACCUGGGUGCCAGGGGGGCGCAGCUGGAGCGGAGUUACGGCUACAGCAGCAGCCUGGAGAAGCGCGAUGGGAAAGAGUCCCCCCAGGAGGGUCUGGGGGCCAGCGGCAGCUCCCUGGCCAGCGAGAAUCCCUACGCCACCAUCAAGGAGCUGCCCCCCACCCCGGCCAGGACCCCCGAGGGCAGCUACAUGGAGAUGAAAUCCCCUGUGAGAAGGGAGGUGUCCUACGCUGAGAUCGAGGAGCCCCCCCGGGACGAGCGUUUCCCCAUGGGGGCCGAAUGUCCCCCCCCCGAGGACCCCCGCCGCCCCCCCCCCGGGCACUACGCGUCCCCCAAGAACAGCCACAUCCCCAGUCACUACGAUCUGCCCCCCAUCCGCCACCUCCCACCGUCCCCCCCCCCCGCGCCCCAAGGACCGCUGAGACCUGGAGGGCUACAGGGGAUCCUGAAAGGCGUCUGGCAGUCUCCACAGGGCUCCUGGGGACCCUGCAUAGCUCUAGGGGGUCUCUACAGGGCUCCUGGGUAUCCUGAAAGGCACAUGGGGGUCUUUACAGGGUUCCUGGAGACCCUGAAAGGCCCUUAG